AUGGAACUCCAAAACCAAUUGGGCGAUUGGAGCCGGUAUUUCUGCAAUCAGCCACCAGUGGAGUUAGAUACGAGUCCAAAGCAUCAUCUUCUCUGCAAUGAGUUGAUAAGCAGCUCUGUAAGGAUGGAGGACAAUUCAGAUCCAUUCUGCAGGAUCUGGACGGACGCUGAGCAAGAAAGAGUCAAGAAUCGUAACAAUCGGUCAUUUGCCAUGGACGCCAGAAUAAGACUAGAUCAUUUAAAGUCAGGGUGUAAUUCAACCUUGCCUUGCUGUGCCACGGAUGGGACGUUGUACAACUAUAACUGUCAAAAAGACAGUGACAGUGAAGACUCACAGGAAGAAGAGUCUGCUUUGGACUCGGUAGAGCUCCUUGAGGUAGAGGACAAUGUGCAGGAUGAAGAGAGCUGUAUUCCUCACAGGUUAUAUGAGUCUCCAAACAAGCAGGAGUGUGUGGAGAGAAGUGAGUCUGCUCUCAGAUGGUGUCGACACGUCCUGGAUAAUCCCAGUCCUGACAUGGAGGCGGUAUGUCGUUCGCUGAUAAAUAGGCUGAAUCACAGAUCAAGCAGUCACUUCUACAGACGUCCUGCAGUUUAUCAUCACAAUGUGGGCUCCUCUACAGACAAAACAUAUUUCAGCACAACACACAGUAUCUCAGACAGUUCAGAUAAUAAGAUGCGCAUCUUCCAUGACUCCAUAACCACAAGUUACAGACUACAGGACAUCACAGAUGUCCACAUCAUGGCUCGUAUACAGGAAGCCAGUUUAAGACAGGCCUAUGUUUCCACGCCUGCCAGGAGGAGAAGCCCUGAGCCACCACUUGGUUGCUCGACGUCACUGAACUCUUCCACUCGCCAGUCACCAACAUCACUAGCUAAGCAGGGCUGCCAAAGUCCAAAACUGGCCAGACUUCACCAGCAAGUCACCCAGUUUAAACUGCUGAAACUCGCUCAGAAUCAAGAAACAUCCCCAGGCAGGACAAGGUCACCUCUGCGGACCAGCCUCCGCUCCCUCCAGGCUGUAAGGAACAGCAGAAGUUUAGACACAGACGACGGCCAAUUUGCUGAGGAAAUCACUUCCCCAGCAUCAGCGUCCGUGCACGACUCGUUGCACUCAGUGAGAGCCUCCUCGGACCAGCUGCUGAGGUCUCAGUCUCUCAGCCCCAGCAGAAUCCCUCACCCUGCGAAGGGAUACCUGUCUGUUCACGGACGUGUUUUUGCCUCACCUGACAGGUCGACCACCAAAGCUUGGGGCAGAAAUGUGCCGUACACUCAAUGGUGAACACCAGUGAAUCCCUGAUAGUAGCAUAGUAUGAUGAUAGAUUUAAAACAUUAAGACAUUUAUGUCAAAUCUUGUAUUUAUUUACUUGUAAGCUUGCCUGCAUAAUUUAUAACAAUGUCGGGGACUAGCUAGUUACAUGUAAUGGAGUUACUAAAUUAAAUUACAAAGGAAAUGUUAUUGUAAUCAGUUACAGACUAAAUGCAAUAAAAUACAGUUACUAAUCAAAAUGUUGGUGAUUACA